UUGGAAAUGUCGGCUGCGAAGGCGCGGGUGAAGGUGGUGGUGCGAUGCCGGCCGCGAGCAGGAGGAGGAGAGGAGGGAGACGAGGGAGUCGUGAAGGUGAUGGAAGAGCAGCAGGGACUGAUCUCCAUCCGAGCUGGAGGAGAGGAAGACGCCACAGAGCGAGAGUUUCUGUUCGAUGACGUCCUUGGUGAGAGGGUGGGGCAAGAGGAGGCGUUCGAGCGGAGCAGCAAGGCCAUGGUUGACCAUGUCCUGGAAGGCUUCAACGCUUGUCUCUUUGCCUACGGCCAGACUGGUUCGGGCAAGACCUAUACCAUCUUCGGGGAGGAGGGCAAGCCGGGGGUGGCAGUGCAGGCAGUGAAGCUGCUGUUCAGCAACAUAGAGAAGAAGGCAGGGAAGCAGAAGACGCUGGUCUACGUCUCCUUCCUCGAGCUCUACCUCGACAAGAUAAGAGAUCUCGUCCAGAUCAGCUCGGCGGACGGCGAGGUCAAAGUGGAAGGCAACCAAGGCAGCAGGCCCAACUCCCGCCCGGGAACGGCGUCGAGUCGUCGGAGCGACAAGCAGGGGGAGGGCCCAGUGGACCUGGAGAUCCGAGAGAACAAGAACGGUGGAGUCUACGUGCAAGACUUGCGGAGUGUGCUGGUGCACAACGUGGAGGAUGUGCUGGCGUUGGUCAAGAACGGGCUGAACCACCGGCAGACCUACCAGACCUUGAUGAACGAGCACUCGUCUCGCUCGCACACCAUCCUCACGCUCACGGUUGUCUCCGAGAGCGGCCGAGGAGACGGAGAGACGAUCAGCGGGAAGCUCAACCUGGUCGACUUGGCAGGCUGCGAGAGGCUGAAGAGGAGCGGAGCGGGCGACGAGAGCAGCGGCAUCGAGGACGCCGGGCUGCGAGCCAAGGAGGCGGUGAUCAUCAACAAGAGCUUGAGCACGCUGGGAACGGUCGUGAUGGCGCUGGCAAAGGGGGACGCGACUUACGUGCCGUACCGAGACUCGAAGCUGACGCGCCUGCUGCAAGACAGCCUCGGAGGCAACUCGUUCACUACUUUGAUCGCCACCAUCCACCCCCGAGCCGUCGACGCCGAGGAGUCUCUCAACACGUUGCAGUUCGCCAACCGCUGCAAGAACGUGAUCACGCAGCCUCACAUCAACUACCUCGACGCCGACCCCGAGGGACAAGCGAGGAUCAUCGAGAAGCUGAUGCGGGAGAUCGCCGAGCUCAAAGACGAGCUUGCAGCACAGAAGGAGCACUACGAAGAGAAGCUGCAGCAGAGGGCAAGCAUGGUGGGAAGCAGCAUCGAGACGGCUGCGUCCGAGGUGGAGGACGGGAAGCAUGUUGCAGGAGGAGAGCACGAGAAGGGAGAGGGGUCGAGAGGAACCAGCCGAGGCUCCAAGCGAGCCCAUACGGCCGACAAGCACAAGCCGGCGGCUGCUGUGUCGGACAAUUAUGUCAGCGCUCUGGCUGAAGCUCAGGCGAUGAGCAAGGAGAUGAAGGAGAAGUUCGUGCGCAAGAACAACGAGUUUCGCGCUGCGCAGGAGGCGAGCAGGAAGAAUGAGGAGCGCCUGAAACGGGAGAUUGAAGACUACAGGCAGAAGCUCUUCAGCCUGCAGGAGGAGUCGAACUCCAAGGUGCAGAGCCUUGAGAUGCAGCUUGAGAGUCAGCAGGCGAAGUUCGAGGGAGAGAUCGAGCAGCUCAGCCAGAACAACUCGAGGCUGAUCAACGACAUGGACGCGGCCCUGCGGUCGGUACCAGAGAAGCUGAAGCUCGACUCGGAGAAGCUGCGAGGGAUGGACGCGACGAUCCAGCAGGCUUCAGCGAAGAAAGACGCAGAGCUGACGGAGGCCCUGAGGAAGGCGGCAGAGAACAGCGAGAAGAUGCUUGGGCUGCAGCGGGAGCAGUACGAGUACUGGCUGAACAAGAAGAACGAGGACCUUAAGAACUUUAUCACAGAGUUCGAGGAGUACAAGACAGAGAGGACGGCGCAGGUGAACUCGCUAGAGAGCCAUGCGCUCUACCUCUUCGACUACUGCAACGCCCUCGCCACCGUCAUCGCCAACUUCGAGAAGGGCCUCUACCCCGUCUACGAGAAGUCCGGCAUCAAGGCCGUCCAGAUCCCCCAGAAAGACAAACCGCAGCUGAUGAGCCCUGAGGUGCUGCGCGACCUGUCUAAGUACCGCAAGCGAGCCGACGACUUCAUCAAGGCGCACCCGACAGGCCUCAACAUCUCCUUCUCGGAGAAGAACCCUACUGGCAGCGCCGGGCCAGACUUGAUCGCCUCCCCGACGGGAGAGGGGGAGGAGCAGGCGAACCGCCUGCGGCUCGAGGUCUCCUCGCUCAAGGAGAAGCUCGCGGCGACGGAGAGGAAGUCAGCGCAGACGGCCGACGAGCUGCGCGCGCAGAUCGAGCAGCAGGUGCUGAGCGACCUCGCUGACCACCCGACUGUGGAGUACAUCAAGCAGAUCGAGGACGAGCGGAACUACUACAGGGAGCAGCUCCAGGAGGAGGUGAGGAGGUGUAAAGACCUGCGGAUCGCCCUCGACUCGAAGCAGCGGGUGAUCGAGAAGCAAACGGGCACCCUGGAAGCCAUGAAGGGCUUUACCAGAAGCAACGUCAAUGGCAGUAGACUGCCCAGCGUCGUUGGCAGGUCUCGCUAGUUCUCAAGACGGGAGCAGGAGCAGGAGCUGGAGCUGGAGCUGGAGCUGGAGCUGGAGCUGGAGCUGGAGCUGGAGCUGGAGCAGGAGCAGGAGCAGGAGCAGGAGGAGCAGGGGUGCACUUUCACAAGAGUGUUUAUCACUUUAAGUUAAAUCAAUGCUUCGAAAUGAAGUUUAUCAAGGG